AUGCAUUUCGAGCCCACCACCCGCUCUCGGCCGGAGAGACAGGCCCGGGACCGCGGGGUGACCAGGUCCAAGGCGGAGAAGGUGCGGCCGCCCACCGUGCCCGUGCCCCAGGUGGAUAUUGUGCCCGGGCGCCUCACUGAGGCCGAGUGGCUGGCCCUGGCGGCCGUUGAGGAGGGCGAGGACGUGGUGGGGGACAUCCUGGCAGACCUGCUGGCCCGCGUCAUGGACUCUGCCUUCAGGGUCUAUCUGACCCAGCAGUGUAUCCCCUUCACCAUCAGCCAGGCCCGAGAGGCCAUGCUGCAGAUCACAGAAUGGCGCUUCCUGGCCCGGGACGAGGGCGAGUCCUCGCUGGCUGAGGACCCCACGUGGGGCGAGGAGGAGGAGCCCCUGGCCUGCACCACAGAUGCCUGGGCCCAGGGCUCGGUGCCUGUGCUGCACACCCCCACGGCUGGGGGGCCGGAGGAGACCUUCCCAAAUGAAGACCCUGGUGGCAGUGGACGCAGCGGCUUGGAAGGAUCUUCCCCUGGUGGACGCUUAUCCACAGAGCCAGGGCUCAGUCCGGGGCCGGCGCCCAACCCAGGGUGGCUGGAGGAGACCCGGCCCAGGGGGCCCCUGGAGGGACCGUUUGAGGACGCAGAGCUCGGGGAGUCUGUGGAGGGGCAGCUUGAGAAGACAGGGCCUGGGGGACUUUCAGAGGCCCCAGAAGAUCAGGAGACUCUGCCCUUGGUGGGCUCCUCGAGUGAGAGCUGCCAUGGGUCAGUGGAAGCUCUGCCCCCCAGCAGCCCAGGAGCCCCUUCUCUGGAGGUCUUGCAGGAGGCCUCUGUGGAGAUAGGGCAGCCCUCAGCGCCCACUGGUUGGGAGCUCGACUUCUGUCUGCCCCAGUCUGAAGGGACUGAGGCCACAGCCCAGCCCAGGGUGGAGGUCCCUCAGGACGCCCCCAGCUCGCUGGUGGCCUUCCACUCAGUGGACACCCCACCCUCACCUGGACCCUCGGUGCUGCUCCAGCCGUGGGGGCAGCAGCUCAGGCCGGCAGAGGGGCAGGUGACCUUGUUCAGGCAGCAGGCCAGCUCCGUGGUGGGGACCCAGUGCCUGGACCCCCCACGCCGGCCAUGCAGGUGGGUGCGCCCACUGGUCAAGGUCCUGGUGCCGGGCUCCAUGGGGCACCCACUGGACACUUACCGCAAGCCCCGUCGGCCCCCAGCCAGGGCUGUCCAGCCCAGCCACGUGGCCGCCAGAGCGCAGGGCCCCAGAGUGAUGCCCGCAGCACCUGUACAUCCCCAGCCCGGCCUUCCAUCCCACACCGGGGGUCCUAGCCCCAGGCCUUGGGCCCCCUCUUUGUGUUGUCCAUCGCCACCCUUUGGGUCCAAGCUGCCUUUUCUCAGCUCAGGCCUCCGCUUCCUCAGCUCGUCCCCAGAGCUCCCUGCCUUGGCCCGAAGGCCCAGCCCUAAGCUGUGGCCCAGUGUCCAGUGGCCCAGCAACUGGGAGGUAGAGGCUGAGCUGUGGAGGAGCUGCGCCCGGGCGCCCCCACGUGGCCUGGAUCCCACUGACCGCGGGGACCCUGAAUGUCCCAGGUGGCCUCAUACCACGCCCACGGUCCUCGAGUCCACCAGCCAGGUGAGGUGCAAGCCCCUUCUGCUGCCGGAGACUGUGAAGCUAGCUCCUGGGGUGAGCCUGUGGGACGUGGACUCCCAGGUGCUGGUCAGCUCCGCAGAGGCCCCUGGGAGUGCUCAUGAUGCACACACGCCUCCCGUGCCCCAGUGGUCCAUCCACGUGGGUGCCCAUAAGCCCCUGGUGACCGUGGCACAGAGUGCAUCCCCGAAGGUGCGCUGGCUGCCUUCGCCACACCUGCCCUGUGGCGGCCCUACGUGGGAUGUCCCGGAGAGAAGGCUGGGCACUGCCUUCAGGAAGAGCCCCCAAUGCCACUUUACCAAGGACCUGGGCUAG